AUGGACUUCAUCCUGAAUUCUGUGUAUGCGGUCGACCCCGUCUACGUGCUGAUGAGCGCCGUCGCCCAGCAGAUGCUGGCGAUGGCCUGGUUUGACUGCAUUGUGGGCCAAAUUGACCGUUACUAUCUCGCUGCGGACAAGGGCGUGCGGCGGGUCGAGCACGCUAUCACGCGCUACCCAGGCGUAAUGAUCUCUGCGACAACCUUCGCCUGCUCGCUGCUCCGCUCCCUUGUUGUGCUGACGAUGGUUAGUAUGUGCAAUUGCUCGACACUUUACCAGUACCAGUCGGCUGCCAUGGUCGCCGUGAUGAUUGGCAUGAUGCGUGUCCACCGCACCUUCUCGUGUCACCGCCCCCUCCAGCUUUUUGUGACCGAGACCGGCUACGAGAUGGCUGCGGCGAUGACGGCUGCGGUGGUCUGUUACUAUAUGAAGAAGUACGACUUCUAA